AUCUUUGAUUCCCAGUCUUUUCUUCCCUUUAUAAAUUGGCUCCCCAAAGCCAUCAUCCUCAAAAUAGACGUCAUGGCGAACAAUAUUAAUCUUGGAGUGGUGGAGAGGGCUUUCGGCAGCCUAGGCAAGGGGUUUGAUUUAACAUCCGAUUUCCGGCUCAAAUUCUGCAAAGGCAAGCAGAGGCUGGUUUUACUCAACGAUACAGAAGUGAGAGAGAUCGUAGUUCCGGGUUUUGGAACCGUAGGAGGCGUCUCCGGCGAUAUAAAAUGUGAUAAGGGCGAGCACUGCCGUUACCAGUCUGAUAUUCUUGAUUUCAACCAGAUGUCGGAAUUUUACAACAGAAAAUCAUCGGUGACGGGCAAAAUCCCGUCUGGAUUCUUCAAUGCAAUGUUUGGAUUCGACAGCGGAUGUUGGGCGAGGGAUGCAGGCAACACCAAGUUCCUAGGUCUUGACGGCAACUUCAUUAUUCUAUUCAAUCUUCAUAUUGACCGUUAUCCUCUUGCUUUGUGUGAUGAGGUCCGAAACGCGGUUCCAUCUUGUUGGGAUCCGGCAGCCCUGGCCAGAUUCAUUGAGAAAUACGGCACGCAUAUCAUUGUGGGGCUAAGCAUUGGUGGCCAGGACGUGGUCUUGGUCAAGCAAGAUAAGUCUUCCACUUUGGGAGCUACAGAGCUGAAGAAUCACCUGGAUGAGAUUGGAGACCAGUUAUUCACGGGCACUUGCAAUUUCCCCAAAAUCAAAGAAUUACAGUUCAAGGCUCCACAGGCUUUCAACGAUGUAUUUGACCCACAACCUCUUGCCAUCGGUUUCACAUCUGUCACUGCAAAAGAUGGAAUCACUGUUAUAUGCUCAAAGAGGGGAGGUGACCCAUCAGCCGAUAGCCAUUACGAGUGGCUUCCAACUGUUCAAGAAAUGCCAGAUGCCAUUAAUUUCAGCUUCAUUCCCAUCACUUCUCUCCUUAAAGGGGUUCCUGGAAAAGGUUUUCUAUCACACGCUAUUAAUCUAUAUCUUCGAUACAAGCCUCCUCUAGCUGAUCUGCAAUACUUCCUGGAAUUCCAAUCACACAAGAUUUGGGCUCCAAUUCACAAUGACCUCCCAUUGGGUCCUUCCACCAAUAUGUCUGCUGCUUCCCCGUCUCUCCAGUUCAAUUUUAUGGGUCCUAAGCUUUAUGUUAACACUAAUCAGGUUAUAGUCGGGAAGAGACCCGUCACUGGGGUGCGCUUGUAUCUUGAAGGCAUGAAAUCCAAUAGGUUGGCUAUUCACCUCCAACAUCUAUCUAAUCUCCCAACAAUGUUCGAAAAUAAGAUAGAUGACACGCCGUUCUGGCGAGGAUCAGAAGACUUAGCGGAUAAUCGAUACAUGGAAGCUAUUCAUCGAAAGAAAUUUUCUCAUAUAUGUACAGCUCCAGUUAAGUACAAUCCAAGUUGGUGUGCUGAUAAUCAAAAUGUAGCCUUCAUUGUUACAGGUGCUCAGCUUCACGUAAAGAAACACCAAUCUAGGAAGGUUCUACAUCUUCGAUUGCUCUUCUCCAAACUCUCGGAUACUAUUCUAUUACAAUCAAAUUGGGCGCAAGGCUCCUCUGAGUUUUCUCAAAGGUCGUCUGGCCUAUUUUCUGCCAUAAGUAGCUCCAUAACGGGGAAUCCUGUGAAAGAGAAGAAACAAGUAGUCGUGUUAGAUUCUGGUGUGUACCCUUCAGGGCCUCCAAUUCAGGUGCAGACACAAAAGCUUCUCAAGUUUGUGGAUACGUCGCAGUUAUGUAGAGGACCACAAGAUACUCCUGGCUAUUGGUUGGUCACCGGUGCUAGACUGGAGUUGGAGAAAGGGAAGAUAUGUCUUCGUGUGAAGUUCGCAUUACUAAACGUGUGCUCGUAAAAAAUUAUUAAUUCAUUGGCUUGUUUAAGUUAUUUUGUUGCUGAUUAGUCCAUAAAUAUAUGAGAUCAAAUUUU